AUGGUCAAAUCCUUUGGAUUGGAUGAUCAAGUCAUGGUCGUCACGCUGUUCUUGUUCACCGCGUACCUCGCAUGCCAACUGGGUGGAGCAGUACACGGUUCUGGCCAGCUUCGCGAGAACCUCACUGAUGAGGCCGCCCAGAAAGCCCUGCAGUUCUGGUUCCUCUGCGAGGUCUUCUACACUUUGUCCACGUCGUUGCUCAAGAUCGCCGUCGGGCUGUUCUUGCUGCGCAUUACUACCCAUCCUAUCCACAUUUGGAUCAUCCGCAUCAUCAUGAUCGUCGCAGCCUUUCUUGGAAUAGCCUACACACUCUUGGUCGUGUUCCAGUGCAACCCGAUCUCGUUCUGGUGGGACCUGGAUCCGAAUAGCAAUGGCCGCUGUCUUUCCGCAAAUCUGGUUGUCAUAUUUACAUACGCCGUCUCUGGUCUGAACUCAUUUGCGGACUGGACGUUUGGAAUCCUCCCUAUCUUCAUCGUCAAGGAUCUCCAGAUGAAGAAACGUGCCAAAGUGGUCGUGAGUGGCAUCAUUGGGUUGGCUGCAAUUGGUUCCACAGCAACAGUGAUCCGUCUGCCUUACACAUCGACCCUCAAACCAUACAAGGGAGACUUUCUCUACCGCACAACAGAUUUUGCGAUUUGGACAACAGUAGAAGUAGGUAUUGGCAUCUCAGCAGGAUGCAUAGCUACCCUUCGACCUCUCCUGAAGUCGUCCCUCGGAUCCAGCGGUCAGAACUCUUCUGGAAAGUGGUGGAGCAGGAAGAAGAGCUCGCAUUUCAGCAGCAUGCAGCCACUCGACCGGCUCAGGCCAGCAGCCGAGCGAGGUGUAACAAAGACAACCAUUACAGGGGGAAGAGCUAGCGAGGACUCGGAUAAAAAGGUAUUCCUGGACACUGGAGUAUCACCCGAACAGUGGAGAAAUGGAAUCAACAAGAGCGUGUCGACCACAGUUGUCGCGGAACGCUCCGAGAUUCGGAUUCCAAUUACACGCAAUCAAAGUAUGAAUCACGGGCAAACAUUGGACAAUGACAGUAAUUCGAGCUUAGGAGACGACGAGAGAGGGAGGCCGGCGAUUAUUCAUGAACGAUUUUAG